UUUUGCUGCUUCAAAAGAUCAAAAUACCCACUUCUCAUUUCCAAGGGCACCAUCAUCUCCAGACCAUUUUCCACAAACUGAAGCCCAAUCCAGUCCAUCAGAAAAAAAGAAUCCAAGCAAGCUGCUUUUCAAUUUCCUCCCUGGAAACAAUUUCCUCACCUCCCAAAACAACAGAAAAAACCAAAAACACCAUUAAUCCCGACAGCCAAAACUACCAAAAUGAACGAAGAUCCCAACAGGGCCGAAGCCGAACGCCUCCUCGGAAUCGCUGAGAAACUCUUACAAUCACGAGAUCUCAGCGGCACAAAAGACUUCGCAGUUUUAGCUCAGGAAACGGAGCCCCUUUUGGAAGGCCCAGAUCAGAUCUUAGCCGUUGCUGAUGUUCUUUUAUCAGCUGAAAAACGCGUCAACAAUCAACACGACUGGUACUCGAUCUUGCAAAUCAGUCAGAAAACUGACGAUUCCUUCCUCAUAAAAAAGCAGUAUCGUCGCCUUGCAUUACUCCUCCAUCCAGACAAGAACAAGUACCCUUUCGCCGACCAAGCCUUCAAGCUCGUCGCUGAUGCUGGGGCUGUUUUGUCUGAUACUGCUAAAAAAACUUUGUACGAUAAUGAAUUGAGUUUGUUUUCGAAGAUUGAUUUGUCUGCUUCUGGUAAAUUACCAGUCAGGAGAAGCCAGAGAUCGGUUGAUGAUAAAAAGGCUGAAAGUGUGAAAAUUAAUGUUAAUAAUGUGAGUAAUCAACAAGAAGGGUCCCAGAAAGCGAAAUUGUCUUCCUUUUGGACUGCGUGUCCGUAUUGUUAUAUUUUGUACGAGUAUCCUAGGGUUUAUGAAAAUUGUUGUUUGAGGUGCCAAAAUUGCCAAAGAGGGUUUCAUGCUGUUUUAAUACCCUCUUUGCCUCCUUUGGUUCCCGGGCAGGAGUGUUAUUAUUGCUGCUGGGGGUUCUUCCCUUUGGGAUUUACACCUGGUACCGUAGGGAGUGGAGGGAAAAGUGGUGGGGUGGGUUCAGGGUUUCCUAAUUGGAUGCCGCCAAUGUUUGGGACAGAGCAGCAGCAAGGAGGUGAUAAGGGUGGUGGCUAUGUAGCGGCAAAUGUGGAUGAUAAGAAUGGUAGCGGUGGCGGCCGUAGUGGUGGUGGUGUUAGUGGUAAUGGUGCAGCUGCCACACCAGUGAGGGUUGGUGUGGAGAGCAGGGAUAGAGUGGUGAAGGUUUCUGGUGGGAGUGCAACGGGCGUGGCUGGGAAUGCAAUGGGGAUGCCAGGGCCAAGGAAGAGAGGAAGGCCUAGGAAGUACCCUGUGCAGGCGUAGUUUUUGAAGGCCGAUGUGUAGUCAGGAAGUGCAGUGUGAUGGAAUGGAAUGGGAUGUGAAGGUGUUGGUGGCUGAAGGAUGGGAGUCUUUUUGCAUCUGGCUUGGUUCUGGGAUUUCACAGGGUAAGGUAAAGAAAUUCUGCAGGUGAGCGUUCUUUGGUUGAUUGAGCAAUUUGGCAGUGGAGGAUUGAGCGGUCUUUUAGCUUCGAUUCAAUUGUGGCAGGCAUAAUUAACUGGAAAUACCUCUGAUUUAAUUGUAAUAGGCUUAAUUGAUUUACAUCGGCUUAGAGUUCA